AUGUCAUCUUCCACGAUCGCCACAAACUUGCCAACCCCCCAACCCGCCCCACAGCUCCCAGAACACGUCAUGGACAUGUUUUCUCUGAAGGGCAAACUCGCGGCCGUUACCGGCGCGUCUUCCGGUAUCGGCUAUGACGUAGCCGUCGCGUUUGCCCAGGCCGGCGCUAACGUGGCUAUGUGGUAUAACUCCAACCCGCAUAUCACCGAAGUCGUGGGAGAACUGUCAAAAAAAUACGGCGUCACCGUACGCGCGUACAAGUGCUCGGUCACCAGUUCGAAAGACGUGCGCAACACAAUUGAGCAAAUCCAACGGGAUUUCAACAGCAAUAUCGACAUUAUGGUGGCCAACGCAGGUGUGGCCUGGACCGACGGACCGUUGCUGAACCUUUUGGAGCAGGACCAAGAGGACAAGUGCGACGAGGCCUGGAAUAAGGUGAUCGACGUGGACCUCAACGGUAUCUACCGCGUCGCCAAGGCCAUCGGCCCCGUAUUCAAAAAACAGAACUCGGGCGGCUCGUUCAUCGUGACCGCGUCGAUGUCCGGUCACGUGGUCAACGUGCCCCAGAUGCAGGCGGCGUACAACGCCGCCAAGGCCGGCGUUCUGCAUCUGUGCAAGUCUCUGGCCGUGGAAUGGGCCGGCUUCGCCCGUGUCAACACGGUUUCGCCCGGCUACAUCGCCACGGAAAUCACCAACUUCGCCGAGGACGAGCUCAAGGACAAGUGGCACAAGCUCACGCCCAUGGGUCGUGAGGCGCUGCCUCGUGAGCUGAUCGGCGCGUACUUGUACUUGGCAUCCGGAGCGUCCACCUACACUACCGGCACAGACAUCAUUGUGGACGGCGGCUAUUGCUGCAUGUAG